AUGAAACUUGCACUAGAAGCUAAAAAUAAAUUUGGUUUUAUAAAUGAAUUGUUUUUAGGGCAGAUCUUUUCCAAACUUGCUUCUGAAGUUUGGACAGACUUGAAAGAAACAUAUGAUAAGGUAGAUGGUUCUGUUGUCUAUGACUUGUAUAUACGGAUUAACUGUAUUUCACAAAAUGGUAGUUCAGUGGCUGAAUAUUAUAAUAAGUUGACAACAAUGUGGAAGCAGUUUGAUGCGAUGGUGCAUCUGCCUUCAUGUUCUUGUCAAGCAGCCAAAGACUACAAUGAUUUUUCAAACUUAAUCAAGCUAAUGCAACUCCUCAUGGGCUUAAAUGACGUAUAUCAACCUGUGAGGACAAAUCUGUUGACAAGAGAACUAUUCCCUUCUGUCAAGGCUGCUUAUGCUUUGAUCUCUAGAGAAGAGUCACAUAGACUCUCUAGUAGUGGAUCAAAGGGACAGUCUGUAUCUUUUGUAGCUAAGUCAAACCAGACUAAUCAAAACUCUGACUCUAGAAGAAGGAACUUUAGGGGACCUAACUCAAAUUUAAAGUGUACUAAUUGCAAUAUGUUAGGUCAUACUGUUAAUCGUUGUUUUGAGAUAAUUGGUUAUCCACCUGGUAUGAAAAAGAGAACUAGUGGUUCAUUUGGUAGAAAUAAUAGUAAUAAUAAUAAAUCUGGUCCUUCUAGUUCUGCUGUGUCUACUCUCCCUUUUACUCCUAAACAGAUUUCAAAGUUAAUAGGCUUAGUGGGUUUGGGUUUUGAUUCGGGAGCAAAUCAACAUAUGAUUAAAACUGAUAAAGACAUGAUUAAUUGUGUUGAUGUUUCUGAGUGUGGUUUAAAAGUUGGUCAUCCCAAUGGAACUAGGGAUUUGAAAUCAAAGAAAAUCCUGGUGACUGGUAACCAGGAUAAUGGGCUGUAUUUUGUUGGUAGACAUGCAUAUUCACCUGGAGUAUCUCAAACUCCCAAUGAUGAAGAGGGUAUAGUCAGAUCUCAUGACAUUGUCAGUGAUGAUCAGCAGUCGAUUCCCUCUACGUCUGCCACUCCUGGACUUGUUGAUUUAGGUCAUAACAUAGAGUCUAGUGUAGAUAGUAGUGAUAGAGUGGAGUCUGGCAGGGCAAAGGACACUGUUGUGUCAGAUGUUGAGAUCAACCUGCCUGAGGGAAUUUUUACAAGUCUUAGAAGGUCAUCUAGAACUACAUCUGCUCCUAAACGUUAUCAAGAUUAUGUGCUUAAUAAUAAUGUUAAGUAUGACAUUAAUAAAGUGGUUAGUUAUGCAUGUUUGUCUGCUGAUUCUACUUGUUUUAUUAGUAGGUUAAAUAAAACAAUUGAACCUAGUACAUAUAGUGAAGCUGCUAAAGAUCCCAAGUGGAUCGAAGCAAUGAACUUAGAAAUGGAAGCUUUGCUUCAUAAUAAGACUUGGGAAGUGGCUAAUGGUGAAAUCGAAAGAUAUAAAGCUAGGUUAGUUGCAAAAGGGUAUAAUCAGCGUGAAGGGUUGGAUUUUGGUGAAACCUUUUCACCAGUUGUAAAAAUGGUUACAGUUAGAUGUGUUUUGAGUCUAGCUGUAACGAAUGGGUGGACUUUGUUUCAACUAGAUGUUAACAAUGCGUUUUUGUAUGGCACUAUAACUGAGGAUGUAUACAUGUCUCUUCCUGAAGACAUUAGUUAUACAGUUCAGUACUUAAGUCAGUUCAUGCAUAAACCCUUGUUGGUUCAUCUUAAAAUUACCCUAAGAUUGUUGAGGUUUCUAAAGUUGAGUCCUGGAAAAGGUACAAUGUUUAAGAAAGGUAAUUCUUUAGAGUUGACUUGUUAUACAGAUUCGGACUGGGCAAGAUGUCCAGACACCCGAAAGUCUGUUACUGGCUAUUGCAUUUUCCUAGGAGACUGUCUUGUUUCUUGGAAAAGCAAGAAACAAAGUACAGUUUCCAGGUCUACAGGGGAGGCUGAGUAUAGAGCAAUGUGCUCAGCCACCUGUGAGUUGGUUUGGGUCGUAAAUAUGCUUAAUGAGUUACAUGUACUGUGUAAACUGCCUAUUAAAGUGUUUUGUGACAGUAAUGCUGCUAUAUCGAUAGCAGCUAAUCCUGUUUUUCAUGAGCGAACGAAACAUUUUGAGAUUAAUUUAUAUUUUCUAAGAGAAAAGGUUGCAACUGGGUUUAUAAGUACAGAGAAAGUCGAAUCUGAAAAUCAACUUGCUGAUUUGUUCACCAAAGGUUUGAGCUUUAAUCAGCUUGAACAUUUCUGCAGUAAGUUAGGCAUGAUCAAUCUGUUUAAACCCAAUGAAUGA